GAAUUGAUAGCCAGAUACAUCAAACUUCGAACAGGGAAGACACGGACCAGGAAGCAGGUGUCUAGUCACAUACAGGUCUUAGCAAGAAAGAAAGUUCGAGAAAUUCAAGCCGCCAUUAAGGAUCAGACAGCAAAGGACAAAGCACUCCAGCACAUGGCAGCAAUGUCAUCAGCUCAGAUAGUCUCAGCUACUGCUAUUCACAACAAGCUGGGCCUGCCAGGAAUUCCCCGUCCUACAUUUCCUGGGUUUUGGCCGGGCAUGAUUCAAACGGGGCAGCCUGGAUCCUCGCAAGAUGUAAAGCCAUUUGUUCAGCAAGCCUAUCCUAUACAGCCAUCAGUCACAGCUCCCAUUUCAGGAUUUGAGCCUACGUCAGCUCCAGCCCCCUCAGUCCCUGCGUGGCAGGGCCGAUCGAUUGGUACGACCAAGCUCAGGCUGGUGGAGUUUUCGGCUUUUCUUGAACAGCAGAGAGAUCCCGAAUCAUACAACAAACACCUCUUCGUACACAUCGGACAUGCUAACCAUUCUUACAGCGACCCGUUGCUUGAAUCGGUGGACAUUCGUCAGAUUUAUGACAAAUUUCCUGAAAAGAAAGGCGGUCUAAAGGAACUGUUUGGGAAGGGGCCCCAAAACGCUUUCUUCCUCGUAAAAUUCUGGGCUGACUUAAAUUGCAACAUUCAAGAUGAUACAGGAGCAUUUUAUGGAGUCACUAGUCAGUACGAGAGCUCGGAAAACAUGACAAUCACCUGUUCCACCAAAGUCUGCUCAUUUGGAAAGCAAGUAGUAGAAAAAGUAGAGACUGAAUAUGCAAGGUUUGAGAAUGGCCGAUUUGUGUACAGAAUAAAUCGCUCUCCAAUGUGUGAAUAUAUGAUCAACUUCAUACACAAGCUGAAGCAUUUACCAGAGAAAUACAUGAUGAACAGCGUGUUGGAAAACUUCACAAUUUUAUUGGUGGUAACAAACAGGGAUACACAAGAAACCCUGCUCUGCAUGGCUUGUGUAUUCGAAGUGUCCAACAGCGAACAUGGAGCACAGCAUCAUAUCUACCGGCUUGUAAAGGACUGAGCAGUUAUUUAUAUAUACACUUCAUUUCACUUCUUUAUCAAAACACAGACUGUAAACCUCAACACUAUGUGGCAGUGCCUCUGGCCCAACUUUCACCCACAUUUUUCUAAAUCCUGUUUUAGUGAAGUCAUUUUUAAUGUGUUCAUAUAUAAUUGUAGCUGUGAACUUCUGGUACAGUUGUAAAAAUUAUUUCUAAAACUAAGUGUUCUUCAAAUUUGUAAACCACAGUUCUUUGGGAAGACUGUAUUUAAGAACCUGACGCCUCUGUGGAGGUCUAUUUUUAAUUCUGAUAGAAAAAUACAUACGACAGAGCAUUUGCCAUGGGGAAAAACUGACAACAUUUAUAAGAAUUUAUUUUGGGGUUUUUUCCAACAUGAAAUACUUGUUUUACAAUGCAAGUGAAAUUGAAAUGAAUCUUUAGCUAUAACUGUAAAUGAGUACGCAAAGUUAAUAAUCUUUAUAGAAUUAUCUUUGU